AUGAGUGCUUCACCUCGUGACUUCUAUUAUUCAAACAAAUAUAGUGAUGAUAAAUAUGAAUACAGGCAUGUACAUGUACCUAAGGACUUAGUCCGACUUAUACCAAAGGAUCGAUUGAUGAGUGAAAAAGAAUGGCGAUCACUUGGAAUACAGCAAAGUCAAGGAUGGGUUCAUUACAUGAUUCAUAGCCCGGAGAGACAUGUUCUUUUAUUCCGUCGUCCUUUAAAAGAUGUCAUCAUAUGUGACGGAAGCAAUGGCGGCGUUAAGGAACAGGUGAAUUGA